UGGCAGCUCACAGCUUUAAAGGAAGGAGAUGUCUUGUUUGAAGAGAAGCCUUUAGUUUCUGCUCAGUUUUCAUGGAAUGAGCUCUACAAAUACCUAGCCUGUGAAUUCUGUCUCAAGUCUCUGGAAAGUGCUGAAGAAAUGGUCCGCCGACUUGCUAAUAACCCAGGACUAUCUCUGCCACAUCCUGAAUGCUGUGACGUUGACCCCUCAACCUUCGCACAGUGCUCCCAAUGUCAGGUUCUCUACUGUAGUCCUGUAUGUCGGGAUUUGGCUGCUGAGCAGUAUCACCAGGUCUUGUGUAAAGGUUCGUCAAAAGAUGACCCAGAGCAUCCACUGAAUCGUCUUGUCAAUGAAUGGAGAGCUUUCCACUACCCACCAGAAACUACCAGUGUCAUGCUAAUAGCAAAGAUGAUUGCCAUGGUUAAACAGGCCAAAGACAAAGACCUGAUUGUGUCACAGUUUUCCACAUUUGUGAAGAAUGCAGCCAGUGAACAAGAACACAUUGCUCACAAGUUGCUGGGAGAGCAGUUUCAGGUUCAGAGGGAAGUUCUGAGAAGCCUGGUCAGUGAUGCUUUGUUUGAGGAAUCUGUUCAAGAGUGGUUCACGCCUGAAGGUUUCAGUCUACUCUUUGCUCUGGUGGGCACAAACGGUCAGGGUAUUGAGAAUCUUCAGUUAAAUGAGGCAGAAAAGAAAGAAUUAGAUGAGUUAAUAGAGAAGAUCUACAAUGAGAUUGAUGAAGUGUCUGGUGAGUUUCUGGACUGUGAAGGCUCCGGGCUGUAUCAGCUUCAGAGUGCAU